CUACUGUUCUUUCGCAUCUAUGCCGUUUUCCGGUUUUAAGGGACGUUGUCAUCGAAAUGGCUGAUAGUCAGUACGGAAACUAUGGCAGUGGUGGUGGGGGUUACGGAGGUUACACUGGCUACUCUCAGCCGGCACCAGCGCCCGUAGCUGCUGUGGCCCCGCCGGCUGCAGCUGCCCCCACCUACCCGCCCGCCCAGAGCUACGAUCAGUCAAGUUACAAUCAGCAGGGGGGAGGAUGGGGUCAGCAAGGCUACAGCAAUUAUGGAAGCUCAAGCUCAGACCAGCCUAAUUACAGUAGUCAGCCACCAAGUAACACCUAUCCUUCCUACGACCAGCCGUCGUACGGCUCUACCCAGCAACAGGGUUACCAGCAGAAUUAUCCGUCCCAGCAGCCUUCGUAUGACCAGCCUGGAGCUGCUGGUGGGGGCGGGGGUGGCGGCGGAGGAGGUGGUGGGGGUGGAUACUCAUCAUUCAAUCAGCCACCUCCGAGCAGUGGGGGAGGAGGAGGAGGAGGUGGCGGCGGCUAUGGCCAGCCGUCCGGAGGAUAUGGUCAGCCUUCUGGUGGAUAUGGGGGCGGUGGCCAACAAGGCUAUGGAAAUCAGGGCUAUGGAGGAGGCUCACACCCUGGUGGGGGCGGCGGAGGCUAUGGGGGUGGAAGGGGUGGAGGAUAUGGCAGUGGCGGCAGGGGUGGUUAUAACAAAGGUUUUGGUGAUCGUGGUGACAUGAUUGUUCAGGAAGAUACUGUGUUUGUGUCUGGGAUGUCUCCACACCUCACUGAAGAUGACAUUCAACAACAUUUUGGGUCAAUAGGCAUCAUCAAGAUGGACAAGAGGACAAUGAAACCAAAAAUAUGGGUGUACAAGGACAAGUUGUCUGGCAAGCCCAAGGGAGAAGCGACAGUCACUUACGAUGAUGCAAAUGCAGCCAGAUCUGCCAUUGAUUGGUUUGAUGGCAAGGAUUUCAAGGGGACAGUGAUUAAGGUUCAAAUGGCCCAGCACAAGAACAACUAUACUGCUGGCCGUGGCAGAGGCCGUGGUGGGGGAGGCGGAGGAGGUGGUGGUAUGGGAGGCAUGGACAGGGGAAGUAGAGGAGGGGGCGGCGGCAGAGACGACCGAGGAGGAGGAGGUGGCGGCGGUGGGGGUGGAGGUUUUGGUCGUGAUGGAGACUGGAAAUGUCCCAACCCAGAUUGUGGCAAUACUAACUUUUCAUGGCGUACAGAAUGCAAUCGUUGCAACCAACCUCGACCAGAAGGAGUUGGUGGUGGCGACCCCCCAGGCCGUGGCCGUGGUGGCAGAGGUGGCGGAAUGGAUCGUGGGGGUUUUAGAGGUCGAGGAGGUGGUGAUAGAGGAAGGGGUGGUGGCGGCGGCGGUGGUUUCUCUAGAGGUGGGGGAAUGGACCGAGGGCGUGGCCGUGGUGGCCCAAUGAGAGGAGGGUACGUCAUCUGUGUUGAAAAACAUGCAUUAUUGAUCAGAUGUACAUUUACUAGAGCAGAUUAAUUUUGCCUUAAUUGUCUCUUGUAUUGUUUCAGUGACCGUGGUGGCAGAGAUCGCCCAAAACCAUACUGAUAAAACAGCAUUCCAGAACCAUCAUUAUUCAAAAUCAUGUGUUAUGAUUAUUCUUUCUAUGUAUUGUAGAGAGAAAAUUUUAAUGUGUGUUUAAAAUCAUGGACGUUUUCUCAAGGUGUUUUGCUUUAAAGUACCUUUUGAUGUGUGUGUAGCAUAGAACAAAUGAUUCUUUUUGUAAUUUAACUAAAUAAAUGCACUUUCAAAUAGUUUUA